AUGGCUACCGCUCUGCCGUCCCCUGGCUCCAAACCGAUCAUUGUGGUCGUUACCGGAGCAUGGCACAUUCCCAAGCACUACAGUGCGCUCGCUUCGCGCCUUCGAGCUCUGGGUCACGAGGUUCUCAUUGCAAGGCUUCCUUCCAUGAACGACGCAUGCCCCCCAAAUGCGGGUCUUUACACUGAUACUGAACACAUUCGCAGCUACGUUGAAAACCUCACAGACGCUGGUCAUACUGUCCUCGUGCUCAUGCACUCCUAUGGCGGCAUGGUCGUAUGCAAUGCCUUGGUGGGGCUCGACACUAACACCCGCAAGCAGGCCAAGCUCCCCAGCGGAGUCGUGCGACUGAUCUACAUGUGCGCGCACAUCGUCAAGGAGGGGACUUCCCUGUACACGAUCCCUCCACCUGCCUUGCGUGAACAGAUUCUGCAUAGUCUCGUCAUCAUCAAGGAGAAUGGUCUUGCUCACUGUCGUCGCGAGCUCGUGAUCGGGCCUGGGCUUCAGGGACCGGAGUUGGACGCUUACGUGGCGGAUCUGGUCCCUUGGAAUGCACAGGCGAUGUAUCAGAUUACCACUGCCGCUGCUUGGAGGGAUAUACCUGUGUCUUACAUUAUGACGAUGCAGGAUAAGAUGAUGUCGAUUGACUAUCAGAAGAAGAUGGUCGAAGGUGCCCGAGCAGAAGGUCGCGAGGUCGAGCUUUUCGAGGUGCAGUCUUCGCGCAUCCCCCAUGCUGAAAGUACUGCGGAGAUUGUGGACAUUGUGCAUGAGAUUGCAUCCAGAGAGGCUGAGUAG